GCCAUGUGAAUUGUUACAAAGGCAGGGAAAACGAUACCUACCAAGUGAACAAUGGUGUCCUCUUCCCCGUUUCUCCGCCACGUCUCCGCCACCACCAUCAAACCUCCGCCGCAUCGUCGCACCCGCCUUCACCUCGGGCCGUGGGACCUCUCCAUGCUCACCGCACAAUACAUUCAAAAGGGCCUCCUCUUCCGCAAGCCCCGCCACCUCACUAUUGCUGACCUCAUCGACGGACUCAAGACCUCCCUCUCCGUCGCCCUGCUCCACUUCUACCCUCUAGCUGGCCGCUUCCUCUCUGAGCCAGCUCUCGACGAGCAGGGCAACCCCACGGGCCUCUUCGUGUCGAUCGACUGUGCCGGUCAAGGUGCGGAGUUCGUUCAAGUCGUCGCCGAGGGCGUGACGGUCGCCGACGUGCUCGCCCUUGACGGCGACGUGCCGUCCUACGUCAACGAGUUUUUCCCCCUCGACGGAGCCAUCAACUACGACGCUGUAGUAGUGCCUCUUCUGGCGGUGCAGGUGACGGAGCUGGACGACGGCCUCUUUCUCGGGUGCUGCUUCAAUCACGCCGUCGGCGAUGGCACUUCGUACUGGCAAUUCUUCAACGCGUGGGCGGAGAUCGCACGGUCGGGAGAAGGAGAGGAAGCCAAGCUCGCUCGUCCUCCAGUCCAUGACCGGUGGUUCGUUAACGGCUCCGUCCAGCCGCCAAUUAAGUUCCCUUUCGUGCGGCCGGAGGAGUUCAUCGAGCGGUUCAAGCCACCAAUUUAUCGCGAGCGAAUUUUCCACCUGACGGCCGACUCCAUCGCUCGAUUGAAGGCGAAGGCUAACAAAGAAAGCGGAUUGGCCUCCACGAUCUCCUCCUUCCAAUCCGUCUCCGGGAUGCUGUGGCGAUGCAUCACGCGUGCCCGCGCCCUCCCGUCGGAGCAGAGCACACGCUGCCGUCUGGCUGCGCAGAACCGGGGGCGGUUGAUCCCCCCGCUCUCGCCGGACUACUUCGGGAACUCCAUCUACCCUAUCGCGACCGAGACCACCGCCGGGGAGCUGUUGGCGCACGAUCUCGGGUGGGCGGCGAGGCUCGCCCACGAGGCGGUGACUGGACUCACGGAUGCGGCCAUACAGGGGAUGGUGGCGAAGUGGAUGGCGGCGCCAGUGGCGUAUCGGGUGAGCAUGUUCGACCGGUUCAGCGUGAUGAUGGGGAGCUCGCCGCGGUUCGACGUCUAUGGGUGCGAAUUCGGGUGGGGGCGAGCGGUGGCAGCGCGGAGCGGGACGGCGCACAAGUUCGACGGGAAGGUGACGCUCUACCCGGGGAGCGAGGGGGGUGGAAGCAUGGACUUGGAGAUAUGUCUCGAGCCGCCGUUUAUGGCGGCGUUGGAGGCAGACGUGGAGUUUAUGAGCGCCGUUAGCAGCCCACUGCCGGCGCCGGAUUCAGAGGCGAAGGCAGAAGCAUGCCACAGGAAACAAAAUAAUGGCUAUUAAUGACAAUAAUUCGAUCUUUGACAGUUUCAUUUAUGACGUUUUAAUCUUUGCCGGAUUCUAUUAGAUCAGUUGUCUUCUUCAUCGUUUUUUCUUUGAAUUAAGUGGAAUAGUGGAUUAUUUUUCAGCUUU